AUGAAAGAAAGCAAGAAGGGUUUUAUCAUUUGGAACUGGGCACCACAGCUGCUGAUAUUGAAUCACCCUGCUAUAGGAGGCAUUGUGACUCACUGUGGUUGGAACUCCAUUCUUGAAAGCUUGAGUGCUGGAUUGCCAAUGAUCACAUGGCCUAUGUUUGCAGAGCAAUUUUACAAUGAGAGGUUGCUAGUUGAUGUGUUGAAGGUUGGAGUUCCGGUGGGAGUUAAAGAAAAUAAGUUUUGGGCAUCAAAAGACAUGGCUCAUGUGGUGGGAAGGGAAGAGAUUGCCAAGGCUGUGGUACAGUUGAUGGAAAAAGAAGAGGGAAGAGAAACGAGGAGGAGAGCAAGAAAACUUUGUGAUGCUUCCAAGAAGACUAUUGAGAAGGGUGGAGAUUCUUACAACAACUUGAUGCAGUUGAUAGAUGACCUUAAAUCAUUGAAGAUAUCAAAAGCACAUAGCAGAAGCAGCACACUCUAUUGUGGCUACCGCGUGUGCCAACUCUUAGCAUGUGAUAAUAUUAAGAAUGAUGUUACUGAUGAUUCUGGAUUUGCAAAAGAUGAGACGACAUGUGAGAUACAGAAGGAAGAAAAUUAG